UACUGCUACACUCUGCUUAUGAACGACGACUUGAAACUGAAAGUCUACUGAACGAAAAGGUAACAAAUGAUCUCAACAUACCGCGUCACCAUUGGUAGAUGCAUCUUCUUGUUUCCUGUGAGGAUCAUGCUCAAAAAAGACGAUCACGAUUAAGUAGGUAUUUAUAUAUGUAUAAAAUCGUUUUAGGGCUGACCGGUCCCCCCCCUGUGGUGCGGUCCGUGGUGGCGCGCGCGCUCUUUUCCGCGCUGAUUUGGGCGGAUUCUAGUGGUGGAAGGCGUCAAAACUGGGCGCGGCCGUCCCCUUGCGCCUCUCUGCGUGUUCCUCAGGGACCUCCUGGCCUCUGCUGACCCUCGCAGGCUGGAGGCCUCCGGGGUAUAAGCCCGCCGAAGGCGGCCACGGUCUCAAGAGCGAGCAAGCCGAUGACCAAGGGCCCGGCGGGCACAGGCCGCGCGGCUCAGGGGGUCCAGCCCCUCGCCUUUUGCCGCCUUCGGAGGCCUUCCGCACCCGGCGUACUGCUGCGGCGGCGAAGCAUAUCGGAGGCAUAUAGGGCACAGGCAGGCACCUGGAAGGGAGCGCAGGCGGCCCCUUGGGUCACUUUUGAAGCCUUCCACCUACACCGGAGGCCUCGCGGGAACAGCCAGGCAGCCGGAAGAAGCGGAGGCGGUCCCUUGGCCCCCUUUUGAGGCCUUCCACCCCCGGCAGACGCCUGCAAAAGGGGCCUGGGGCUACGUACGGUGCCCCCUACGCCGUAGCCCUGAGCCCUGGCUCAUAUAUAAGACAGGCUACCAGUGGUAGACAACUCGAGAGUCUCGCUCCUUUACCCGGAACCUUCAUAUUUUUCUGGUGUUGCGCACGCAGUGCAGGCACAUCGAGUAACGGUUGGGCCGAAUCCACCCCCUGGUGUGCUCUCUGGAGUAUUGAUGGGUAGCGGCGCAGGAAGUGACCCACCUGCAGGUAGUGUUGCUGCUCCGGCAGCUGCACCGGUCGCAGCAGGCUCGCUGCCAAUAGCAAAGCCCCUUGCUUUCCUCGGAGGUGGAAGAAGACGCAAGAGUGGUUAGACAUAUAAAGUUGAGGGAGAUCCCUCAUAUCAAUGUCAAUCUUGUUUAAGUUUCCCCAAUAAAUAUUAACUUUGAGAGAUCGAGUCUGAACAUCCAUCAUCAACUCUUAGUCUUACGCAUGAAAUCCAUAUGGCUUUUGAAUAACCUGUGA